CAGACACACACACACACACACACACGGGCGCACAGCUUCAGUCUCGGAGCUCCGCGUUUGCUUCUGCUGGAUCCGAUGGACUGAUGAUGAUGAUGAUGAUGAUUGACGGAUGAAGAGCAUGUUCACCCGCUCCAGAGUCAGUCGCAUGAACAUGUUCGCCUGGAUAUGAAUGAUGAGUGUAUUCCGAGAUUUGAGGUGAUUGAAUCAAACUCGCUUCUUCAUCAUGGAUCCGCAUCUUCUGACACUCAUCAAACUUUCUCUGAUUUUCGCAGUGAAGGCGCUGGUGGCGAGAGGUCUAUCAGGCGGCGCUGACCCGCCCGUCACACACACGCUGCGGAUCCACUGUAACCAGAGUCUUCUUCUGCUGGAGAUGGAGAGAUGUGGAGAGAGAUUCACUGCAGACAUGAAGCAGAUCCAUCCAGACGACAGAUGCAACCUCACACACUUCAUCAGGGAGUAUCACAUGUUCUCGUUCUGCACGGAGGUGAACGCCGAGCGCAUCGGCUGCUUCUGGCCGAACCCGCAGGUCGAGCGCUUCAUCAUCGGACUCCACCAGCGCUUCUUCUCCAACUGCACCCUGGACCCGCUGGUGUUCCUGGACCCGCCUGAACACACACUCACCCUCCUCAUCCUCAUCCCCGUCUUCCUCACGCUGGGCAUGGUGGCGCUGGUGGUGUGGAGCAGCAAGCGCAGCGACGUCCUGGCCUAGGCUCAGCGGUCAG